AUGGAGCUCAAGCUGGUGCGGGAGGCGGACUCGUUUCGGCCCUCCGUGCUCGGCAGGCCGGCGGGCGUGCACGAGGAGAUAUUGACGGGGCGGGACACGGAGAUUAGCUGGGAGGACGUCUACGCCGGACAGGACGGGGUGAGAUUAGCCGGACAGGGCGGCGACGGACAUGGGGUCGGGUGGAUGGAGGAGAUGGAACGAAAGGUCGGGAUGGGCAAGUGGUGA